UGUCUCUCGCUGCCUCAUCUCAUCCCGUCGCAGCGCUCUCCACUCCAACUCAGAGCAAUGGACGUCUCAGCCUCAGCCGCCGCCAUGGCCGACGUGAACUGCCGCUGCAGCCGCGUCGUCUACGUCGGCAACAUCGCCUUCCACGCCACCGAGGCCGAGCUCCGCGACGCCUGCGAGCUCAUCGGCCCCGUCCGCUCCCUCCGCCUCGCCGCCCUCGACCCGGCCACCAACAAGCGCAAGGGCUACGCCUUCGUCGAGUACGCCGACGACGAGACGGCCCGCAGCGCCCUCCGCAACCUCCACGGCCACCUCCUCCGCGGCCGCGAGCUCCGCGUCGGCCUCGCCGCCCGCCCAAGCAUCAGGCGCCGCGGUGGCGGCGGCGGCGGCGAGCGCGAGCCCGUCGGCAUGGAGGACGCCGUCCACGCCGCGUCGCUCGUGGUGUCGGGGCGGCCACUCGCGUCCGUGACGAGGUACCUGGCGGCGCGGUCGAGGCAGGAGGUGCGGGAGAUGGUGGCCGCGCUGGAGGCCACCGAGCAGCUGAAGAUUCCCGGGCUGGGCACCGCCAUGGAGCAGGCGCAGCGGCUGCUGGAGAUGUUCGCCGCCGACGAGGAGGAGGUGGCCAGGAAGAAGCUGAAGCGCGCGAGCGAUGAAGAGCACGCGAAGCAGAGCAAGGUGGUCGGGGUUGAUGGCGUCGUCAAGGCUUCUUCACGCAUCGUCCCCUGCUUCUGAUCUAUUCUCGCUGUUCAAUGUGUUAUAGUACUAGUUGUCAUCAAUUGUAAACAUCUGAAUUUGUAAACAUCUGAAUUUGUAACUCAGUAACUCAGUAGCUACUUGUAUCACCUAUUGGGAAAUUUGAAUAGAUGAACAUUCUUGAAUCAAUGACCUAUUUAGUUAUUUAUUCUUAGCAAACACCUUUCGCAAAGACCAAUCGGUUCUCAAAACACGAUCCAUAUCAGGAAUAGUGUGAAUUUCCUUUUCUGUUGUGAGUCAGUGAGUGCAAUUCUCUUGUAUCUGUAAUUACCACAGUUCAAAUUCUGUUACUAUAUGCAUGUACUCGGUAACUCAGCCAAAAAAAACCUUGACUGAACUGUCUCAUCCAUGGAGAAGUUUCUGAAACUUCGAUCACUAUCAUCCAGAACCAGAAGAGACAUGCUAGUUAACUGAUGAGAAGUCUCACUCUUUUCUUAAAAGUAUUCACCAGGAGACAAAACUUACUAACAUGACCAAGAUUACCAUUUGUGAAUUCUUCUGGUUGCUAAAAUUGACAAAACUCUUUUCUCAAUCAGACUGCAAAAUGGGAGACAAAACUGAGUAAAUCGAUCACCAUUAGUGAACUCUUUUCUUGCUAAAAUUGCCUAUCAGAAGAAAGCACUUCAAGCAUCAGCUCUGCAGGAAGCCAGCAUCAGCAGUUUCAUGUAAGCGGAUGGAUCAUUCUGUCGU